AUGGAUAGUAUUACUGAUCAAUCUAAUCCAUCGGGACGGAGUUGGUUACUUAGAAUGGUUGAUGCGACUAAACUGUUCGUUAAAAGUCAUCGGAUACUCAAAUACGGGCUGUAUACCUUGGGCGGAUUUCUGUGUACGGGGGGAAUGACUAUUGUUUACAUUAAUACGAUGACGUCACAGCCGGGUGAUGAACUUCAGGGGCGCGGCGAUCCACAAGACUUCCAGGAGAUCUUGCGCAACGAACCAGUGAUUCUUCCGUCUAGUGAAAUAAGCAUAUCUUCACUGCCAGAGACUGUACCCGAAGCGAUCAGCAAUUACCUGAGGGACACGCAGCAGAUGAUUUUGAAUUUAAAAGAAACCGAAGUAGACAAGUUAGCCGAAGAAUAUGUGCCAGAGCGCAGUGUAGCUGAAGUAAUGGAAAGCCAGUCUUUAAUCAUCAAAUCGAUUAUUAAGCCGGAAAUGUCGUAUGUGGAUUUCACUAAGAUCUACAAAGACCAAAUUUGGGUCAAGCAGCAGUGUAAAGACAUUCUUUGUGGGCGGUGCCACUUAUGCUCCUGGGUUGAUGACAGCACUGUCUUUUACGAGGUAUUGCGUGAAGCAGCUGAAGCUAUGCCCAGUAAAGAAGUUCCUCUUUAUGAUUCAAUCAGUGCGCUGGGGAAGUACAUUAAGGAUACGACUGAUGUCUUUGCGAGUAUCGAUGAAGAGGUAGUUCGUAGUGUUACUAGAAUGAUGAUGAGAGAUGAGCUGCUUUAUAUGCGGCUAGAAUUUCAUGCGAUUUCCGAUCAGUAUUUUGAGCGCAUUCCUAUGGUUUGCUGGGUUUUUGUAGAAAGCACUAGUGGGUGCUUUGCCCAUCGGUUUCGGUUCCGGAAUACUUUGAUUCCAGAUUUAGCCACUUUAGAAGACAUUAUCAAAAAGCUUGUGCCUUAUCAGGGCUAUAGUAUUCCUCCAAUUAUGAAGGAGUUGGCAAUGAAGAUCUGUAGUAUGCAGAAAGGCGAAAGAAUUACAGUUGAGGCCACGAUCAAACCCAAAAAUGGACCAGAUGGGUUCUACUCCAAGGAUCCUAUUGCUGUCCGUCGAGAGGGCGAAGUAUUUAAGUAUAUUGCCGCACAAACCGAGCCGAUGAAUGACGUUUAUUUCCUGUUGGCUAUUUCCAAAAACGAUGAGUUGGAUGAGGCCUUACAAAUCAUCCCUAAGUACCGGUUUGUUCACUUCAUUAGCCAGUUUGGUGAAGAGAAAGAGAAGAUUGUGCCGGGUAAUUUGUUGGCCACUUUAGAAACUAGUCCGCUUAAGGCUGCCCAGGGCGUGUUUGAUUGGAUGCGCAAAGGAGCUUUAACCCUGAUCCGGUCCGAUGUAAAGGUUAAGAAUGAUGGCCAUUAUGAUUCAGAACAGGCCCAUGCACUAACAGUGGCCUCUUCACUAUGCAAAUGGGAGUACCAAGCUAAACGACCUGUUAAAAUGACUGCGGCUAUCUACAAUGGCGGUCUUAAGUAUCUAGUUUGUACGGGUGUUAAAAUCACUAUGCUGCCCACUAAGGCUACCAUUACCUCUUUCUUACAACCCUUUAGAACCUCUAUGCUCUUCUCCUAUUCUGGGAUUGGAACUUAUAUCGCCCGAGCCCUAUCUUGCCUGGUCCAAUCUGGAGUCUAUCCGGAGCUUAAGGGGGUUAUCUGUUUGGAAGCCAAAGAGAAGGAAGCGAAUGGAUUUAUCUGGUGUCGCAGCCCGCAAUUUAACCUUCAAGAAACCUACUCCUUUACGAUGUUCGACAAUAUAGCAAGUUCCUUAGGGGCCGAAUCCAAAGAGCAGUGGGUUAUCUUACUGUUCCGCUCCCUGUUCUUUGCCAAAGAGGUCAAUACUCUAGCUGUUCCCAACACUAAGCAAGAAUCAAUUCAACUUCACGAGUUCAUGGGCAUCAAACAACCCGAAAAGGACGGUGAUAAGAAGGAUGAUAAGAAAGAAGAGGCGGUUGUUGAGGAGACCGAAGAAGAGAAACUCGCCAAGCUAGAUAUUCUGGAUCUUGCCUAUACGUACAUGGAUCGUUCAGAUAAGCCUAAAGUCAACUAUGCAGUACUUAUUCUUGACACAACUGUCUUUGUUCAGUUUAUCCAAGAAACUCCUACCGAACGAACUGCAGAUAUGCUCAGUCUGAAGGAAAAGUCCUUCUCGGGCACAAUGAGGGACAAAGUACUUGAAAGUGCCUUUGUUUUUGGAACUUUACAAGCCCGAGCCAUUAGUGGCUUUACUACCCCUAUUCUUGUCUUUACCAAGAAGUUGCCCGAUUUUAACAACACCUGUCUAACUAUUCCCCACUAUGCCUACACUCGGCUCUAUGCCCUUGGACGCACUACGAUUAGUCUUCUGGAAAGAGGAACUACCGCCGGGUUUGGUCUUAAGGACGAUGGACAUAGUUACACCGAAACAUUCUUCGGCUGGCUGGACAGCUUGGGUAGAUUCAGCACACUUAGUUUGCGCCACCGCUUUUUAUAUCUUAUCUGUGACUUCAUUCCAGGCGCUAAGGCCAAGGUCGAUGUCUUUUUGCUCAAGAAGACCGUGAAGGACAAGGGCGAGGAAACGUCCUGCGAAAUAGAGUUCCGAUCAGGUGCAUUCAGAGAGAAGUGUACGCUCUACUACAUUGAGCUACCCAAAAAACUCGACGACAAGAACAAGAUCGAAAAGCCAAUCAGAAAGCUCUUUGCCAAGAUUCUUGAACUCAAGCCGAACAACGACAAAUCAUUUAUCACCAUCAACCUUGAUAGUUUACGUCACUUCCAAGAUGUUGACAUAUCCAUCAAAAGCAAGGACUUCCCAGACAAACACGAGUUUACAGUCAAUCACACCCGCACUCUUGAGCUGGCAAAAAGUCUCAACAAAUGCACUGAAGAUAUCAGCAAGGCCCGACUACCUCUAACGAUCAAUGGCAACAUAAGUAUUCCUAUUGCUAUUCUUGAAUAA